GAGUGGGGGCGGGGCCACUCCGAGCUUCUUUCUCCUAAAGUGGGUUGCCAGCCGGAGGCGGCGGCUGCUCCUCCGCAGUGUUGGGAAGAUGGCGCCGCCGGUGACGGAGCGGGGGCUGAAGAGCGUGGUGUGGCAGAAGAUAAAAGCAACAGUGUUUGAUGACUGCAAGAAAGAAGGCGAAUGGAAGAUAAUGCUUUUAGAUGAAUUUACCACUAAGCUUUUGGCAUCGUGUUGCAAAAUGACAGAUCUUCUAGCAGAGGGUAUAACUGUUGUGGAGAAUAUUUAUAGGAAUCGAGAACCUGUCAGACAAAUGAAAGCUCUUUAUUUUAUCUCUCCAACAUCAAAGUCUGUAGAAUGUUUUUUACGUGAUUUUGCAAGUAAGUCCGAGAACAAAUACAAAGCAGCAUAUAUAUACUUCACUGACUUUUGCCCUGAUAGUCUCUUUAACAAAAUUAAGACUUCUUGCUCCAAAUCAAUAAGAAGAUGUAAAGAAAUAAAUAUUUCCUUCAUUCCACUUGAAUCUCAGGUUUAUACUCUUGAUGUACCGGAUGCAUUCUAUUACUGUUACAGUCCGGACCCUAGUAAUGCAAAUGGAAAAGAUGCCGUUAUGGAAGCAAUGGCUGAGCAGAUAGUUACAGUAUGUGCUACCCUGGAUGAAAACCCUGGAGUAAGAUAUAAAAGUAAACCUCUAGAUAAUGCCAGUAAGCUUGCCCAGCUUGUUGAAAAAAAACUUGAAAACUACUACAAGAUUGAUGAAAAGAGCCUAAUAAAGGGUAAAACUCAUUCCCAGCUCAUAAUAAUUGAUCGUGGCUUUGAUCCUGUGUCCACUGUCCUGCAUGAACUGACCUUUCAGGCAAUGGCAUAUGAUCUACUGCCAAUUGAGAAUGAUACAUACAAAUACAAAACAGAUGGGAAAGAAAAGGAGGCCGUCCUUGAAGAAGAUGAUGACCUCUGGGUUAGAAUUCGACAUCGGCAUAUUGCAGUUGUAUUAGAGGAAAUUCCCAAACUAAUGAAGGAAAUUUCAUCAACAAAGAAAGCAACAGAAGGAAAGACAUCACUUAGUGCUCUUGCGCAACUGAUGAAAAAGAUGCCCCAUUUCCGUAAACAGAUUACUAAGCAAGUUGUCCAUCUUAACUUAGCAGAAGAUUGCAUGAAUAAAUUCAAGCCUAAUAUAGAAAAGCUCUGCAAAAGUGAACAGGACCUGGCACUUGGAACUGAUGCAGAAGGACAGAAAGUGAAAGAUUCUAUGCGAGUACUUCUUCCAGUUCUACUCAACAAAAAUCAUGAUAAUUAUGAUAAAAUAAGAGCGAUUCUACUUUACAUCUUCAGUAUUAAUGGAACUACAGAAGAAAAUUUGGACAGGUUGAUCCAGAACGUAAAGAUAGAAAAUGAGAGUGACAUGAUCCGUAACUGGAGUUACCUUGGUGUUCCCAUUGUCCCCCCAUCUCAACAAGGCAAACCAUUAAGAAAGGAUAGGUCUACAGAAGAAACUUUUCAACUCUCCCGAUGGACACCUUUUAUCAAAGAUAUUUUGGAGGAUGCCAUCGAUAAUAGAUUAGAUUCAAAAGAAUGGCCAUAUUGUUCCCAGUGUCCAGCAGUAUGGAAUGGCUCAGGGGCUGUAAGUGCUCGCCAGAAGCCCAGAGCUAAUUAUUUAGAGGACAGGAAAAAUGGCUCAAAACUGAUUGUUUUUGUAAUUGGAGGAAUUACAUACUCUGAAAUGCGUUGUGCUUAUGAAGUUUCUCAGGCACAUAAAUCCUGUGAAGUUAUUAUUGGUUCUACGCAUAUUUUAACACCCAGAAAGCUUUUGGAUGAUAUAAAGAUGCUGAAUAAACCCAAGGAUAAAGAUAAAGUCUCCUUAAUUAAGGAUGAAUAGGGAUUUUUUUUUUUUUUGGAGAUUCUUAUUAAUAUGUUCAACUAAAAUAGAUCAAGACAAGGUUGCUACCAUGUAAUUUAACACUGUAAAUAUUUUAUGGAAUAAUGAUUUUUCAAACAUACUUCUUAAAGGACUUUAUGAUUACAUAUCUUUGGAUUUGCCAUGUUUAAUAAUUUAAAUAGUGUUGCUUUGUAGAUGAUGAGAAGAAAUGUUAAAGUGCUUUCUAAAAGGAAAUUUUUCACCUUUGGGACUGAAUAUAUUAGAAUUGUGGGUAAUUUUUCACAACUACCUAUGUACAUAUUAAUUACUUACCAGAUGCUUAUCUGUCUUAUACUGAAAUAUAGUUUUUUGGGAAAGAAUUAUUUUAAGUGAAAAGGUAGUAAAAGUAAAAACUUAAAGUGUGUGUAUGAUAGAAUGAUUUUCUAUAAGUGCAGGGUUUUUUUCCAUUUGAAAUUCAUAAUUUCUUUUAUGUGUAAAAUAGUAUUGUCAUUAAUAGAAAUAAUUUCACAGUGUAUACUGUCUUCCCAGAUACUUCUAAAGAACACAAUUUUAUGUAAUUUCAGAGUCAUGUCUGUUUAAAUUAGAAAGCCAAAAUUAAUUGUGAAUAUUCUAAGAGAAAAUAAAUGUAUAGUUACAAAAAUCAUCUUUUUGGGGGCAGGGGAGGAAAGGGAAGUUGGGAACUUAAAAAUUCUAAAUCAGAGAGUUACGAAAAAAAAAAGAAUGCACCAUAAUCUUCCCAUCAAGAUAGCCCGGGUUGAUAUUCUGUAAAAACAAUGUAAUAUUUGUAUAGGUUGGAUAAUAUAAGGAUGUGUUUGCACAGGUAUUACACAAAAGGAAUGUCUUCAUUUCAAAUAUCUCUUUUAACCUGUCCUCCUAGUGUUGUCACAUUAUGGACCAUAAUUUUAUAUAUUACUCAUCUUCAGAGUUUUGCUUAUAUAUAAUGCUGCAUUAUUUGGGUACAUAACCUUCGCAAACACUCAAAUUUUUAUAAUAUAAAUUUCUAGCAAUGGCAUAGCUGGUCAAAGUAUUUGUGCGUUUAAAAUCUAGCUGACCCUGGGGCGCCUGGGUGGCUCAGUCAGUUAGGCAGCCAACUUCGGCUCAGGUCAUGAUCUCGCGGUUCAUGAGUUCGAGCCCCGCUUCGGGCUGUGUGCUGACAGCUCAGAGCCUGGAGCCUAUUUCAGAUUCUGUGUCUCCCUCUCUCUGACCCUCCCCUGUUCAUGCUGUGUCUCUCUCUGUCUCAUAAAUAAAUAAAACGUUAAAAAAUAUAUAAAUAAAUAAAUAAAAUCUAGCUGACCCUUGAACAACAUGGGUUUAUGGACACUGACCCCCACCCUCCCCAACCACGCAAUUGAAAAUCUGCAUUUACUCCUCAAAAACUUAACUACUAAUAGCAUACUGUUGACCAGAAGCCUUAGCAAUAACGUAAACAGUCAAUUAACACACAUUUUGUGUUAUAUGUAUUAUAUACUGUAUUCUUACAAUAAAGUAAAUGAGAGAAAAAAUGUUAAGAAAAUCAUGAGAAACAGGGAGCCUGAGUGGCUCAAGUUGGUUAAGUGUCCAACUCUUGAUUUUGGCUUAGGGUUCAAGCCCUGCAUUGGGCUCUGUGCUGACAGCACACAGAGCCUGCUUGGCAUUCUAUUCUCUCUCCCUCUUUCUCUGCCCCUCCCAUGCCUCUGCGUUCUCUCCCUUUCUCUGAAUGAAUGAAUGAAUGAAUGAAUGAAUGAAAAUCAUGAGAAAAUAACUUACAAUACUGUACUGUAUUUUUAUCUAAAAAAAUCUAUGUUGUUCAAGGGUCAACUGUGCUGAUAGGUAUGACUGUUAUGUAGUAAAUCCAUCACUUUUCCUUUAUGGCUUUGGUAUUAUACGUUGUACUUAGAAAUACUUCUUACGCUCAAUAUUAUAAAGUCAUUCACUGUUUCUUCUGGAACAUUUCAAUAAGUUCAUUUUAUUUUUACAGGUAAUUCAUCCAUCUGGAAUUGACUUUAGUGUGAGAAUAUAUGCUAGGUACGGUCUCUUAGCACUUGACAUUAUGUCCCAUGCCUCCCCAUCUCAUACUAAAGGGGAUGAAAGGCCAAAAGUGAAGUUUUGUAGACUCCAAGGUAAGUAGGGUUUGUUCUGAACAGGUUAGGUUCUGCCAGAGAUUUGCAUUUGGUCAAGAUUUGGAAGGUAGAGACCAUCUACCACGCCUGUGCUAGUGGAUAAGCAAGCUCCUGCUACCUGAAGUUUGUAGCAACCAGACUCCAUGUUUUAGUGUCUGUCACCUGCUGCAUGGGCACGAGGCAAUGCUGGUGGCAGUAGCAGCACUGAAUUUAUAUUAUCUGGAUCACAGAAGGUAAUAUAACCUUGAGUCUAAAAGCAUGUUGGCUGGGGCAUCUGGGUGGCUCAGUCAGUUAAGUGUCCGACCCUUGAUUUCAGCUCAGGUCAUGAUCUCACAGUUUGUGAAGUUGGGCUCUGUGCUGACAGCUCAGAACCUGCUUGAAAUUCUCUCUCUCUCUCUCUCUCUCUCAAAAUAAAAAUUAAAAAAAAAAUUUAAAUUAAAACAUGUUGGCCCCCACUUUCUGCCCCUGCAGCUUUUUCUCUUGAUUUUUAAGGACCUAUAUUCAGUCCCAUUCUUUGAAAUACCUAGCAGAGUUUCUGUUCCUACAGUGAACCCUGACGAUAAAUUAUUUAAUAGAGAUCCAGCUUUCUUCUUAAAUACCCAGAUAUUGUACAGAUUUUAUUGGGCAAUUUCUCCUUCCCCAACUAGUCUGAAAUACUCCCUUUAUCAUAGACUUUAUUUGCAUUUUGGUCUGUUUCUGAAUUCUGUUUUAUUGACCAUUAGUUUGUAUUUUUCCCUAUUUUAAUUCAUGCUGUAUUUUAAUGUGUGAUAGAUAUAAUCUCUACCUAAAUCACUGUUACUUUUCAGAAAUUUUCUGGCUAUUACAUUUUUCUAAAUGAACUUUAGUAUCAUUUUGUUAAUACCACAAGUUAUUUUGGUAUUUUUAUUAGGAUUGCAGUAAAUUUGUAGGUUAAUGUAGGAAAAAUUGACACCCCUAUAAUAUUGAAAUUUGAAAUUUAGGAAUAUAUAAUGUCUUUUUAUUUACCUAAGUCUUUAUAACCUUCAGAACCUUUAUUUUCCUCAUAUAGGUACUGUAUAUUUCCAUAAUAUCUUUCUUUUGUGAUUCCAUGUGAAUUGGAUCUUUUAUGUUAUUUUCAAACAUUUUUUAUAUAGGAAAGCUAUUGUUUUGAUAUAUUAAUUUCAUAACUUGCUGUUUUACUAAGUAACAAUAUGCAAGUGCUUACUUAGAGCAUUAUAUGUGCCAAGCAGAAGUGCUUAUAUUACCUCAUUUAAUCUUCUCAUUUAAUCCUAUGAAGAUAGGGACUAUUAUUAUCAUCUCCAUUUUAAAGCUGAGGAAACUAGGGCACAUAAAGGUUAUGUAAUUUAACCUCGAUGUUUAUGUGGAGAGGAAAGGCUUGACAUUAAUAAACAGCUCUCUUUGAAUAUCAA